CAGUAUUUCAACAAACUUUCCAAACAGAAUUUCCCGCCGUCCUCUCUUUCUAGAUUCUUCCUUGUAGCUUAGUAAAUAGUAGCUCUCUUGAAAUUUUCAAUUUCCCCAGAAUCCUAGUUUGUUAGUUUCAAGAACCCCAGAAUACUAGUUUGUUAAUUUCAAGAAGCCCAGUUUCUUUGUACCCAAAUAUCUGAUGGAUUCUCUUCAUUCAGCAACCAAUUCAACCCAUGCGUCUGAUCUUGGGUUCAUUUUAAUGGGAACUCGAACUACUGCUGCUGCUGCUGCUGCUGCUUUAAACAACGCUGUUGAGAGGUGCAACCAAAUUCUGGUUUCUUGGAUCAUCAAUUCUGUUUCACAUAAUAUCAGCAGAAAGAUUUGGCAGAAUGAGCAAUCUGUCAAUUGUAAGUCUUCAAUUUCAAUUCGAAUUAGCUUAAUUCAAUGUAUGUUGCAUGCCUUUUGGGUCUCUGGUAUAAAUGGAACUGGUGGUAAUCAUGGAGAGAAUGAGAAUGAGGAUGAGAAUGGGAAUGAGGACGGUGCUGGUGCUGGUGGUGGUGGUGCUGGUGGUGGUGCUGGUGGUGGUGGUGGUGGUGGUGCUGGUAAUGAAGGCAAUGGUGGGGAGCCAAUUACGAUAAAUAGGUACAAUGCUAAUAAUGAGUAUAUCGAAACCAUUCAAACGCAGAUAAUUGCAAACAAUUAUGGUAGUUGGAAUGCGUUUGCCGGAGCUAUCUGUGAUCGUUGGCAAGAGUUGAACGACGAUCCAGUCCCCAAUGGGAUACUAUAUCUGUAUCCUUUAUUCUGUUGGCCUGGGAGUAUUUCUGUCUAUGGACGUCGUCAACCUAAUGAUGAUCUGCAUUCUGUCGAUUUCGAUGUGCUAAAUCCUGAGGAAUGGGGAGAUGUAAGAGAGCGAAUCAAUUACCUCAGACUAGUUGAGCUUGAGCAACCUGCAGGGAACAGGCCAAUUAUUAUAUAUAGGUAUAGUGUAAAUGAUGAGCAUAUUGAAACCUUCAACAGUGAAAUAAUUGCGAAUGGAUAUGGUAGUUGGAAUGACUUAGCCGAAGCUAUAUUUCAAAUAUGGAAUCAGAGGAACCUGAAUGUGAAUGAACCAGAACCAGAACCAGAGAUAGCAGAAAUGAAUCCCAACUUAUGUUGGCCUGGGAGUAUGACUUGCUUUGGAAUUCAUGUAUUUGGGCAAUAUGUGCCUUUAAACUGGCCUAAUCAUCCAUGGAGAUUUGUAAGAGGGGUAAUCAAUUGCCUCUGUUUGUUUGAGAACGCGUAACAUGGCAACUGAUGAUCAGCACCUACAAACAAGGAACUGAGCAUCUUAUCAACUCAGCUCUAAUACUUGCAAAUUAAAUACUUUGUUUUUGUUUUUGUUUUUGUUUUUUCAGUCUGGGAAGACAUAUUAGAUUCUAUACAUGUGUGAAUGCUUUCUAAAUUCCAAGUAUGAAAUGUUUUCAAUUUGUUGAAUAAACACAGAUAAUACUGAAAAUUGCAUGA